UGUAUUAGGGAUAGCCUAGAGAGUUAGUCUAGUGCAAACGUUGGCAAACCUAGAGGCCUUUUUGUCUUUAUAAUGGAGCCAGCAAGAAAGAGGAGAACUUCUCCUGUCUGGGAGCAUUUUGAAUUGGUUGCUCAUAACAAGGUUUGUAUGCAUUUAGAUAGUUUAUUGUCAUAAUAUCACGUAAUCCUCACCAUAUGACUGUAUAAUGACAAUGUGUAUUAUCUGCAUAUUGAAGGUGAAAUGUUUGCUGUGCCACAAAGAGCUGACUUACAGCAACAACACCUCCUCCAUGCUUAGGCAUUAUCGUGCAAUGCAUGAGGAUGCGCAACCUGCUGCAAACAGACCAGACACUAGUCAAAAUUACAGAAAGAAAUUGGUGGAUGAGGCUUUGGUCAACAUGGUCAUCAAAGACUCCCAACCCUUUUCUGUUGUGGAUGACGUGGGGUUUAGAGAGCUUGUGCAUGUGCUGGAUCCAUCCUAUGUUCUUCCAACAAGAAAGGCUUUGAAGUCCAUGGUUGAUAGCAGGUAUGAGGAGGCUAAGGAGAAGGCCAAAGAGAAGUUGGACAAUGUUGUUGCUGUUAGCCUUACGUCCGACAUGUGGACAUCGAUAAACAUGGAGGCUUACCUGGCUGUGACAUGUCAUUUCAUAGAUGCCAAUGACCAGCUUGGGACAAUCUUGCUUGGGGUGCAACAUUUCCCAAACACCCAUACAGCAGAGAACUUGGCUAUUUCUCAUACUAUGGUCAUGGAGGAGUGGGGCAUAAAGGACAAGGUGAGGUGCCUUGUCACGGAUGCUGCUGCCAAUAUGAUUGCCUGUGUCAGGGCAUUAAAUAUUAGGCAUGCCAUAUGCAUUGCACAUGCAUUAAAUUUAAUUGUCAGAAAGUCUUUCGACGAUGUACCAGACUUAAAUCAGCUUCGCACAAAAUGUAGGAAGCUUGUUACCUACUUCAGGACCAGCACAACAGGCAAAGAAAGACUGGCCCAAGUGCAGGUGCAGAUGGGGAGACCAACUCUAAAAAUGAUUAUUGAGGUGGACACCCGUUGGAACAGCACAUACAGCAUGCUGGAAAGGAUGUACGACCUGAGAGAGCCAGUUGGGGCAGCUUUGGCCUCUUUAAGGACAGAUGUAAGCCCUCCUUCUUCAUUGGAAUAUGACACCAUAAAAGAUGCUCUUGAAAUACUGGCCCCAUUCCACCAGGCCACAGUAGAGCUUUCUGCAGAAAAAAUAGUGUCAGCAUCAAAGGUUAUUCCCCUACUGAAGAUGCUAAACCACACCAUUUUAACAAAAUCACAGGGCUUAACAUCAAAUAUGGCGAGGCAGCUGGCUGACAACCUUGUCCGUCGCGUCAGAGAGCAUGCAUUGCAAAUGGAAUCAAUAAGUGUGAUGACAAUGCCUACAUUGCUGGACCCUAGGUUCAAAAAACUAGGCUUCCUAAGUCCAGGGAAGCUACAAGAUGCCAUCACAAGACUAAAGUCAGAAUGUGUGAAUGUGAUUAGAAAUUCUGAUACCCCACCCCCAGCUCAGCUGCCUGCCUCACAAGCUGGGCAAUCUACAACCUGUGGUAAGUAGUCUUUGUCUUAUGUGAAUGUUCACACUUGUAAUGACAUGUAAUCUGAACCAUUGAGAAGUGAGCUUUUUUCCUUUUCAUAAUUAUAGGUGACCUUUGGCAUCUGCUGGACACCACUGUGGAUAACAGCAGACGGAGCUCCAGUGUGACCGCAGAUGCAACAAUUGAAGUCGAUCGUUAUUUGUCAGAGACAAAUCUGGCAAGGACAGAGGAUCCAUUGGGAUAUUGGAACAAACAGAAGCUCCAAUAUCCCAAUUUAUAUAAGCUGGCACUGACCUUCCUGUGUUGUCCAGCAUCAUCGGUGCCCUGUGAAAGGGUGUUUUCUAAAGCUGGAGAGGUGGUUUCUAAAAAGAGAAACCGCCUCAAUCCAAAUACUGUGAAAAAACUUUUGUUUUUAAA